CAUUAGGCUCGAGAACCCCCCGAGAGGCGGUCGAAUGGUUGUUGUGUACGUGAACGUGAAGAAAGAAGGGGCGUUUGGGAGGAAAGAGUGUUUUGAACAGAGAGAGAGAAAGACGAAACGAAGUUAAAGCUGAAGCCGCUCUGUUGCAGUCGCGUGCGUGUGUGUGUGCGUGCCACUGUAUGAGAGGAAGAGACGAACGGGACGAGGUGGGUGUCGACCGUGUGUGCGCAAGGAGAAACAAGAGGGAAGAGUGUACCGUCCUUCCGAGGUACCGCGUGCUCCUGACGAUCCGUGCGCUUCCCCGCGCGCGCUCGAGCGUUUACUUCGACGACUUCGGCCAAAGAAGGUUAAGGGAGUCUAUAGGUUCGGCCGGAGUUUCGCUUUUGGCAGUGUGUUUUGUAGCGCUGUGCAGGAAGGAAGUUUAUACGGACAAAAGCGCGCGCGAGAUCAAGGCAAGGAAGAGUCUACUCUUGGAGGCCUUUGAGAACAGAAAGUGAAAAUAAGCCUGUGUCUGCGUGGAGGCCUUCGCCGCAACUUCCGCCCGCCCCCCACACACAGGAGCUCCACCCCGCGCUCAGGGAAGAAAAAAAAACCCGAAUGACGAUACCGUGUUCUUCUGCCACAGAGAAAUAGGCCUUUUCGCCUCGAGAGGAAACAGUUCUUUUUUUUUGUUUGGUUUGCGACCGGCUGUUUAUGUGAAUGAAGUGAAGAAGUUUGUGCGGUGUUUUUUCCUCCGAUCUGUGGAAGCAAAAAAAAAAAAAGAAAGGACAUUGCAGUUUCAGUUCCAAUGUUUCAACUGCCGGCAACUUAGUACUUUGAACGUCGAAAGUGACAAAACAAAGAGAGGGAGAGUCCCGUGAAAGGCAAAAAACUUAAAAAUAGAUCCCACUUUUCCCGGAGCAUUGGUCGGCGGGUUGUUUUCGAGACUCGAGAGCUUCGGUGGAUUGUGGAGAAAAAGCAAAAAAAAACAAGCAAGCAAAAAAAAAAAAACAAAUGCCAAAGUCCGACACCUCAGUGAUAACGAUUUUUCGCGUUUUUUACCGUUUUCCUUCGCUGUGUGUAUUAUUCGUGUGCUGCUCUCAGGGAUCGUUUAGCGUUUUUCCGCACCCCCGCGUUCCAACAGAAAGUAUAUGUUUCGAAGUGACCGAGAGUAGUGGUAGGGAGAAGAAACAGUAAGCUGCUAUUGCAGGAAUUUUUCGGUUCGUUUUUCCCCGGAGAAGAGUGAGAAAAUUCGGCGAAAUGCAGACGAAAAACUAGGGCAAGUGUACUUGAACUACGGAAGGGAAGUUUUUGAUCCGUGAGCCGUGUUUCGUAAUCGGAAAUGCGAAAGCUGCUGCCGUUGUUUUGUGCAUUGACAAUAAUAAAGAUAAUAUCCGCGAGCAAGUGAAGAACUGAAUUGUGCGUUUUGAGAGGGUUUUUACCGUUUUUGGAAGAAUUUUUUUUUUGUUCUUUCUCGCAGAACAUUUAUCUCAUCAUAUUCCGAGUGUUCCACCCGAAGUGCCGGGGGACCUCCAAAAAGCUACGAAAAUAGAUACCAUAGCGUUACACUCGUAUCACCCGCUGCUCCUGAUGGCGCCUCGACGGGGAACCCUGGGUCCAGUGACGGCGACACCCAGCACCCUGGAUCUGUUCGGGACACUGGGAGAUUCGGACCAUGGCUUCGAGAGCUCGCACUCGGCCGAUGGUUCGGGCAGCGAGGGUGCCAACAUGACCCGCUGCUGUGUCCCCACGGGCGACUGUCUGAAAUGUUCGCCGGUCGACUUCGGGGCGAUCAAUCUGGAAGAUCUGCGGGACUGUGUGCGAGUGAUUUGCAACAACGAGAACUGCACCUCCGGCCAGUAUAUGCACCGCGAGUGCUUCGAACACUGGGAGGAAGGCGUCCUGAACUAUCUGAAGUCCAUCGGGCGGGCGCGGUCCUGGUCGGACAAGCAGCGCCAGCAGAACCUCUGGACCAAGAAGGGGUACGAUCUGGUGUUCAAGGCGUGCACCUGCCGGUGUGCCCGGGGCCACCUCCGCAAGGAUCUGGACUGGAUCCCGCCGAGCUCGCUGUUCUCGUCCAGGCUGGACGAGGAAUCGAACAAAAAGAAGAAGAAAAAGAACCGCCAGAACCAGAAACCAACGCUGGCGAUCUCGACCAGCAUCGGUAGCCACUCGAGCAGUUCCUCCAACAGUCCCAACUCGCACAUCGCCGCCACCGCCACCGCCGUGACCGGUGUGACCCAUCAAUCGAUGCUGGCGCAUCCCCUGAAGCUGGCCGACCACUUCGCCAAUACUACCUCACUGAUCUUGAACGCUGCCGCCGGUUGUCGCGGGGAUACCAACGGUGGCAUGCUGGUGACAACGCCUCAUUCCAACGGCCGCCAGCGCACCAACAGUCUGUCCUCGUCGAGUAAUGGCUCGAGCACGCCUCCGGCCAGUUCCAUUGGGUCGACCUCUGGCGGGGGCAGCGGCAGCGAGUGCCAGAGCAUCUCGCCGGUGCACUGCGGUGGUGGCGUAGGAGGACCAGGAGGCGCAUCGGUCGCGGCAACGGCCGCCGCCCUCGCCAAGAUGCCGCUCACGCCCAAGACCAAGGUGGAGAUUUAUUCCGAGCGAGUUAGGGCGACAUCCGGCGCCAAUGGAAUUUUCUCCCGCCGGCUGGAUUUCUCCUCGUUCAACAUGCUGCCCCGGCAACGGGUAAACUCCUACUCAAUCAAGAUCGAGGACGAAGGCAACCACGGUAAUGAUGAGACGCGUCUGUUCAUCCUGUCCUCGUUGGCAGCCCAGCACAAGAGCCGGGUGGCAUGUGUCCUCUGCGAGGAACCGAUGCUAGUCUUUGACCGCUACCCACUAGUCGAUGGAACGUUUUUCCUUAGUCCAAAGCAGCACGCCAAGGGUUGCAUCGAGGUGAAGUACGAGAAUCGUGUCCAAUAUCUGACCUCGGUUUGCAUGGCGUGUCUGGAUGGUGUCGUGCAGAGCCGGGUCGUGCGAUGCAGGUUUUGUGCCCAAAAAUGGGACGGUUCGUCGUUGGUCCUUGGAACCAUGUACUCGUAUGACAUCUUCGCUGCUAUGCCGUGUUGUACUGAACGAUUGAAGUGCAACAACUGCUUCAAACUGCUGCUGCACCCGCACCAGCGGUUGAACUUCUACAGCGACUACAGCCACAGCGUUUCGUGUCCGUACUGUCACGCUCAGGAUACUCACUUCGUGAAGCCCCUGGCGUACUGCUACACCAAACAGCCGAUGCAGUUAUUCCAGCAGUGGCCAUAACAUGAGGCCCCGUUGGAGUCCCCCAAAGUGGUAGACACCCCGUUUACCGUCUCCGCUAGCUCCAGUCGAAGCAACAGCACCUCGUCGGCGUCACCUUCGUCGGCGAAUCAGGAAUCGGCG